AUCCGCCUUAUUCCAAAACACGGACUUAAUAUAGUACUGGAGUUAGUAAUAUAUUUAAACCAUAAACUAAGAAAAACGUUAUUACAAAACGAAGAUUAUCUCUGGUUCAAGGAUUAUCUAUGGUAUUAAAGUUAAUCUUUCGAGACCCCUAGUUUAGCUAUGGUACUAACCUUUCUAUAUAGUUUGUGGUACUCUACUCUAUACUAACCUCAAUUUCGGUACUUCUUAAUUUGAGGUGAGCGUUGUUUUCAUUUGGUGUUAUUAAAAUCGUUAAAAAUGGAUAUUAACAUGAUUGACUUGAUGGAUCUAGAAGAUUUGGACAUGCUAGACACUACUCGGCGACCUGAUAGACAUCGACAUCGUGUGAAUCCGUUUGAAUUGAGUGACGAAGAUUUUAGGUAUAAGUAUAGGUUCUCAAAACGUUUCGGAGAAAAAAUAGUGGGUAUCUUACGUGAGGAUUUAGUGCACGACCCUCGAGGAUGCCCAUUGAGUCCUGAAAUUCAAGUGGUUUGUGCAUUACGCAACUGGGCUCGCCAUGAAGUAAGUGCUGUUUAUAAUCUUGGUGGGGUCAAUGUACCUAACAUUACGCUAGAUAAAAAGCCAGAUAAUACAUAUUAUUGUUUUAUUCGUAGAUUCAAGACGAUACAGCUGAUUUACAUGGUGUGUCUCAACCAGUAGUAAGUAGGACAUGUAAAAAAGUAGCGGAAAUUUUGUCACGGAAGUCCCGAGAAUUUAUUAAAAUGCCUACUACUUUAAAUGAACAGCAGGAAACCAUUAGGAAAUUUCGCAGUAUUGCUAAUUUUCCUACAGUAAUUGGCGCAAUUGACUGUACUCACAUACGAGUAAAGAAAGUGAAUGCUGAUGGGGGUCAGUUAUAUAUUAAUAGAAAAGGAUUUUCUUCAAUUAAUGUACAGGUGGUUUGUGACGCUGACCUGAAAAUCAUGGACAUUGUUACCAGGUGGCGUGGUAGUGUACAUGACUCCAGAAUAUUCCGAGAAUGUAGACUAAAACAGAGGUUUGAGGCUGGUGCAUUCUCUGGAAUAUUACUUGGUGACAGUGGCUAUCCUUGUACCCCUUACCUAUUUACACCGCUGCUGAACCCCACAACACCACAAGAAGAAAGAUAUAAUAGGAGCCAUAUCCGUACCAGGAACACAGUGGAAAGAUGUUUUGGUUUGUGGAAGCAACGGUUUCGUUGCCUAUUAAGAGGUAUGUUUGGAGAUAUUGAAACAGCAAAAAAAACAAUUGUUGCAUGUGCUGUACUACACAAUAUGGCCAUCGACAUGAGAGAAGAUGUGUUUUCUGGUGAGAGAGAUAGCAUUGAACAAUAUUCAUCUGAACCUAUAGUACAAAGAUAUAUUGCACCAUCAAUAAGGGGAAAUAUUAGAAGAAGACAGUUUAUUGAAACUCAUUUUCAGUAGAGAUAAUACCCAUUUAUAAAGGAAAAUAUUUCUGCAGAGCCGUUGUCAGCUGUCAAAGAAUAACGACUACAUAUUCACCAAUAUGAAAUAAAUUCAGGGGAGUAUUGUGAUAAUAUUUCAUUUAUUGAGCAAAAUGCUUUUAUUUAGGCUAUAAAUGAUUGUGUUUCAGGGAAAGAUGCGGGGUACAGCACAUUCCACAUCAAUAUGAAGCUAUAUUAUAUAAAGAUUUAAGUGCUUUAGAGAUAUGUUUAGAUUUUUUAAUAAAUAUCGUCCCUCCUCUACAUUCACAGCCAGAUUUCCUUUCCAGAGGUGCAAGGGUCCACGGGGAGUAGGACUGUAUGAUGACUAAGUAAUUAGGUUUAGUUUUUUUUAUUAUAGUUUUUUACUAUUGUAUAUUAUAUUUCAUUGUUAUGUAAAUAAAAUGCAUAUUAAUUAUAAUUAUUUAUUUUAAUUAUUAAUAAAAGAUGUACAAAUAUUUGCAGCAAUUUAGUACCUGAAAAUAAUUGUUUCAUAUAUGAGGAUAUUUACAAACAUGUAUCUGAUAUAGUCUCAAAUAUUUAGUUUUUUUUAUAGGAUAAUGGUGAUAAACACAGUCUACCACACACACACAUACACACACACAGUCCAUCUGAUGUUAAGUAACUGCUGUGGUGCAUAGACGUCCACAUCUAUCCUCGACUACAAAUCAAAAUGCAGAUGCGUUGUCACCCGUGUGGAGUAAGAUGGAAUGCCUCGUUUCCUGUAAAAGAGGUCUCUCUCAUACAAACUUUGUACAAAAAUUUAUCGAAAAUUUGUCAAUAAACAAGUUUAAAUGUUUUAUUAAAGAAAAAUUUUAUAAAAAGGUUAUUAUAAUAUCAAAGAAUACAUAAAUGAGAAUAUUGGAAAUACUGGAAUUGAGGUGAUCGCCACCAUGGUGGUUCUAUUAAAAUUCAUUUAAAAAUUGUACAAAUAAAAUUAUUGUUAAGAGAAAUAUGUUUAUAAAAAAGUCCCGCUGGGUUUCUUACUAGUAUUUAGUCUUUCAAUAAGUAUUCUGUAAUAAUCUAUAUUUAAUAAAAAUCAUUCUAUUCUAUUCUCAUUCUAUAAACUCACCAUAAUAAACACAGCAGCAUUAAGUUGCUAUUUAACUUGUGUUUUUCUGACUUUCUAAUAAAAAUAUUUGUAACUCUAAUUUUCUAAUUUUUAGGUUAGCUAUUUUAAUAUUGUAUUUAUGUUCCUCUUCCAUCAUUUCCAGUUGUCUUUUUUUAAAAUCUGUGUUACUUUUUACAAUUGUUUGGUGUACAUCUUCUCUUCUGUAAAAUGAAAUGGAAUACUUAAUGUAAGUUUUGUAGUUAUUUUAGAAAUUUACAAAGUAUUCUAGAGUAAUAAAAGUGCACUUAACCUUGUACACCAAUUAAAGAAAUAUUUUUUAAUUAUUUUUAAAUCAAUUCAUAUUAAACUUUGCUUUUAAUAUUUGAAAACAUGAAACAAUUUUCAGUGUUUAAAUACUAAUUUUCACAUUUUAAAAAGUAUGUAAUGUAUCAGACUAUGUAAUUUUUUCAACAUACCUAUUUUGCAAGCUAUUUUUCCUGUUUUUAAUUUUUGUUAUACCCCUAGUAAUAAUAUCUUUAUUGUUGGUUAUUUUCACCAUUUUGGCACUUUCUUCUGUAUCUGUAGUUGGAUCUAUCUCUAAAAAUUAAUAUAAAUAUAACAGUUUUAGAAAAUUAACAUUUAUAAUAUUUACAAACUUGUAUGCAUAUGAUUGUAACUAUAAUAAUAAUAUAUUUUGCUUUUUAAUAAAUAUUCAAUCAGUAUUAUUUACCUUGCACAUAUACAACAUUGGGUUCUGGAUUUUCUACAUUUUUAACUAUAGCUGUGUCUGUUUUUUCAAAAUUAAGGCGAGGCUUAGGGUCAGCAACUUCUUUUGAUGUUGUAGCCACAGUCACUGGAUCCUAAAAUAAAUCAUUAAAACAUUUAUUAACAUGUUUUCCUGUCACCUGUCAUCUCUAUUUUGCCCUUUAUUGAAUCAGGUAUUUUCUAUGUUGUAGAAAUAUUAUUAUGAUCCAAGACAAAAGGUAAUUUAAUAAAUUAUUAAUUAUAAUACCUAAUAGACAAAAAUAGAAAAUUAUAAUCGGACUGUGUAGAUAAUCUAGUAAAAUGUGUGUUAUGAUAUUAUAUAGACCACUAUAUAUGAAUUUGUGACAUUUCAAUUUUGAAUAUAAUUAAUUAUAAAGAAAUUUAUGUUAAAUUGUUACUAAGUAUAUUAAAUUUUGAAUAUUCGGAAAAUAAUUUUGGAUUGUAAAUUGUAUGCUUUAAGAGUAGAUUUCAGAGCACUACUUAGGUACUAAAGUAAUGGAAAAUAAAGUUCUUUAAUUUUAAUUAAAUUUGUAAGACAUG